AUGGCCGGUGCACUGGCAGGGUCAGCUCUGCCUGCCUUGGACUUCGACAUCCUCACCCUCAAAUGUCCCUCUCAGACGACCGUCACUGAACUCGUGGACUCUCCUCAUAUUUCCCGGUCUCCAUCCACAGUCUCCAUCGACUCCCAGACGACCGAGAAAUGUUUCUCUCCCACCGACUCGGCCCUCUCGUCCGAACCUGCGUCUCCAACAAUGGAGACCCCGAGAAGGAAGAGGAUAGAGCUAUCUAGCUCCAGGAGCCCAGAUUCGCCAACUCGCUCGUCAGCGCCACGGGCAGCUUCGUCAAGACCGUCGUCUGCAGCAAACUCGGUCCAUCAUCACUCGCGUUCCAACUCGCGGAGUACCGCUCGGUCUCGCCCGCCGAGUCGACAUAGUUCCUUCCAUUCACCUCGACGACCCGCCAACGCAAGUAUCGUGCCUGUACCUUCAUCUCGAUCAAACCCGCUCGACAAACGAGAGUCUCUACUAGCACUGCAUCGGGAGUCGUGUCGUCUCUUCCAAGAACCAGAUAAUCCACCCUCGUUAUCCAAAUACUCCACCGACGAGCCCCGCCCGACUCUAUACCGCGCCCCAUCCACAUCCUAUAAAUCCAGACGAGAAGGUCGCACCUCCUCCGAAAACGACUACUCAGUACCUUCAUCUCCCAUCAGCUCUUCACAUUCUACACGCCGCUUUGACCCCGAACAUCGCAGCUCCGUGAGCUCGACGACAACACCGCAUUUCCUCCAAUACAGAGACCGCUCCAAUACCAUGCCCAGCAACCACAGUCUUCCCCACGGCCACGGGUACAGUCCCUCCGCUUCAUCAAUCCACGUCCCGGCGACAGUAAUGGAGUGGACGUCCCCUUCAACCCGGCGGGCCGAGUAUGAAAAGAUCGAUCGCGCCAGUCGUGGCGUUCGCGGAUUAUGGCGCCGCGUUGCACCGCGCUGGUGUCAGAGUCGAGACUCGCGUACUCCGUUCUUUGAAGAGGGGAAGAAUGGGCGCGAGGGUAGCGUGCGUCGAUUCCGGAUGGAUUUGCCAGAUGAAGAAGAAAGUGACCAUAGGUCGAAGACCCUGGCGCAUCUGGAGUCUUGGGAUAAACGGAGGGCGUGUCGGCGGUCGAAGACAUCGCCUUGA